GUUGCUCACAGUUGGCUCGGGGGGAAGCAAGCGGCCAAAAAAGCCUUGUCCCCCUGCAGAACGGGGGAGCUGGACACACUGUGGGGCCGAUCACCUGCUGCUCACGUAAUGGGAAUUAUUCUUUUAAGCAGGGAUAAUGGGAAAUCAUAAGGUUUCCCACCCACAUCUGAAAAGUACACAAUGAAGCGUUUACCCUAAAAACGGUACAACUGUGGCAUCUGCUUCUCUCCGGAGGGACAGGCUGAGCAACUGUGACAGGGACAACCUACAGAAGCCAUCUCCCGAGGUGAGACACCAAGCUACCGGCUGGAUGUGGAAGAGAAAACGGAGGCAUUAACUUCAGUUCUGAAUGAGGUCCAUCCCUGAACACAGAAACCGUAGGAGUAUUUUGAGGGACACCAGGAAGUGGUUUUUGCUCUGAAAUCUGGAUUGACCAUGUCUCCUCCGGUCGCUUCAGACCUGGGCUACGUACCCCCUGAUGGUGGAUGGGGGUGGGCAGUGGUGUUUGGAGCCUCCGUCUCAGUUGGGUUUGCAUAUACCUUUCCUAAAGCUUUCACAAUCUACUUUAAAGAGCUCCAGGCUGUUUACAGCAUCUCCUACAGCCAGAUUGCCUGGAUAACAUCCAUCAUGUGUGCUACCACCUAUGGAGGAGGUCCCAUUAGCAGUAUUUUAGUAAACCGCUACGGCAGCCGACCGGUGGUUAUAUUCGGAGGCCUGCUGUGUGGCAUUGGGAUGGUCUCAGCCGCUUUCUGCACCAGCAUCCUGCAGCUCUACAUCUGCGUGGGCUUCAUUACAGGAUUCGGCCUUGCUCUCAACCUCCAGCCAUCAGUGAUAAUCAUAGGGAAAUACUUUUUGAAGAGAAGACCCAUCGCGAAUGGCCUUGCUAUGGCAGGGAGCCCCGUGAUGCUGUGCACCCUGGCUCCUCUCAACCAGUUCCUUUUUGACAAUUUUGGCUGGAGGGGCAGCUUUUUAAUUCUUGGGGCAAUUUUAUUAAACUGCUGUGUGGCAGGAGCUCUCUUCAGACCCAUCAGGGCAGCCCCAGCUUCAGUCAAACCCCAGGUGACUGAGGAAGGGAAGGAUGCUCUGAAAGAAGAGGUCACUGAAGAGGCCAUGGAAAUGAGUAGUCCAACAAAUGUCCCCAUGGCGAACAAAACGGAAGAGGAAGGAGGAAAGGACUGUUGUGAAAAAAUCAAUCAGUACCUCGAUUUUUCUCUCUUUAAGCACAGAGGGUUCUUGAUUUACCUGAUCGGAAACGUGCUCAUGUUCCUGGGGUUUUUUGCCCCCAUUGUUUUUCUGGCACCCUAUGCAAAGCACAUUGGCAUUGACGAAUAUUCAGCUGCUUUCCUCCUUUCGAUCCUUGCUAUUGUGGAUAUGAUUGCCCGACCUACCACUGGCAUCAUUGCAAACAGCAAGUGGGUGAGGCCGCGGAUUCAAUACUUUUUCAGCUUCUCCAUUGCUUUCAACGGCACCUGCCACCUUCUGUGCCCGCUGGCUUCUGGCUACACGGGGCUCGUCGUCUACUCCAUCUUUUUCGGCUUGGCCUUCGGCAUGGUUUGUGCCAUGCUCUUUGAAACGCUCAUGGACCUCGUGGGAGCUGCCCGGUUCACAAGCGCUGUUGGCCUCGUCACCAUUGCGGAGUGCUGCACGAUAUUGCUGGGACCACCUAUUGGGGGAACUCUUAUUGAUACCUUUGGGGACUAUAAAUAUAUGUUCAUUAAAUGUGGAGCUGUGAUGGUCCUGGCAGGAAGCUUCCUGUUCAUCAUGAAUUAUUAUAAUUAUCGUAUGCUUGCCAAGGAGGAGAAGGAAAGAAAGGCAAAAGAAGAGGAUCCUAAAUCUGUAAGGACAGAAAAUGAAGGCAGAAAUAACUGGAACAAAGAAACCGCACAGGAUGGGCCUGAGCUGGAACCUCUGAGAGAGGAACAAGAAGGACUAAAGAAGGAAGUGAAUGGCACAAAUGAAGUUUAAACCUGUUCUCAUGGGCUGAAUGGAAAAUUACUUCUGGGUUGCUUAAGUGGACACCAGCUGUGAAAUCACACUAGGUUUUUAAAUUUUGCUCUAUGCUCUGCCAUGUGCAUCCUCUUCUUUGUUGUAGGAGAAGACUAGAACCAUAAGAAGUCUAGUUUCUUAUAAAGUGCUGGGACACAGUGCAGUAUCCAUUUGCAUACCAAAGGUCCUGCAACAUUUUUCUUUAGACAUUUCCCAGAGAGGCUGAGUAAGGGUGUAACUGACACCCUACUUUUAUUCCCUGUACUACAGCUCUACUCAGUGAAAAGGCCAAUGGCCAUCAGAGUCAAUGCAGAGCCCUUCCAGCAGCCCGAACGGGCUUUGCAUUGAGUACUGUGGUGGAUGGAUCUUCUCACUGUGCAGUCAAAACUCUUUGACUCUCCUUGACUGCAGCGUCAGACUUAUCCCAGGGAUUUGGUGCUGCCUUCCACUGGCAGCUGCACUGUGACUUGCACCUCUGUCUCAUGGAAAUGUAAAAUAGACCCUACACUCAUCUUAAACACAACAUGAGAGAGCUGCUUGAAGAGAAUAAGGGCAGUACGUGCCCGUGCAUGAAGUGGCAGCAAGGCAGCCUGUCCUUGUGGCCGGAGCAUGCGAGGAAGGAACUCACUUGGGGUAGUUCAUCAUGGCUCGACCAAGGACUUUCUCAGGGACCUCUGCAUUUAGCAAAAUGCCUUGAGAAAGGUGACGUUAUGCACGGGGCCAGCACAAGGCCGACAUGCUACAGGAGUCCUUCUUCCAGGUCCUUUGUCUGUGUGGGGCAGAAAUUUAGUCUUAAAAGGCUUAAACUUUGAUCUACAUUCGAAGAGUGCCAAUUCUUUAAAGUUUUCCCUAGGAGGUUACAAAGUCCUUAUUAUCCAAUAUCUGAGUGCUUUACCACUUUUAGCAUGCUUUUUCUUUACAACACCCUGGUGAGGCAGUAAGUAUUGUUACUAUUAAUUAAUUGUACAAAUGAAGAGCUGAAGCACAGAAGAGCUAUGGGCAUCACUGCAUCAGUGAAUAAAGCUUAGGCAUGCCAGAGCCGAAAUGGGAUCCACUGCCCUGAGUUAGGUGCCUGAAAGCCCUGCUGAGAGCAGGUAUCCCCCUGCUAGAAAAUAGGAAAUACCACAGAUACAUAUUCAUGCAUUAAACCACAGCCCUCUCUGCAGUGCAGCCUGCUUACUUUGUGCUUCCUACUACUCAGGAUUAAUGAUUUUAAACGCUGUCAUAGAGCUGCGGCCUUGUGCCGUAUUUUUUUAGCCUGGUUAAGUUGCAUCUAUCUUGGAGGGAAUCCAAAUGCAGCUGCCUCCCCCUUGUUUGGGCCCGGUUAGGCACCUCCCUGUUGCUAGCACUGCAAUACCUGGUGGCUUCAUGGCAUCCUGUUCCAUGAAAUAAAGUUUCCCCAGGUCAGUGAUGCAGAGCUGGAGCUGAGGCUACGUAGGAGGCUCUCACCCAGUGGUGAUAAAUUUGAGCUAGGAAGAUCUGGGCUUUAACAGCAAGCACUGUUGUAUUUUAUAAUAAGCAGCUGUUGCCCAAGAGCCAUGGAUGCUGGGCAUGGCAUCAUGUAGUUCAAUCACCAGCCUUUUGUGGCUUUAGCUCCAAGUGACUAGAUAAAAACAAGGACUUUUCAGACAGAUCACUCAAAGGUGAAGCUAACACCAGUCCAAAGGCUAGGUCUCCUUUUUUUUUGCUUCGAUGCUACCCUUACAUGAUCUGAUAAUAUUUUUUCAUGACUUUGUCACUGAAGAACUGUAUUUAAUUAUCACUUGUGUAAACACUAUGAAGAAUGGCUUGUAAAAAUACUUUCAUAAAUACAGUAUACUCUUAAACUUAGACCACUCUUCUCUUCUUGUGCAAAACCUUUUCUGUGAAAUCUUUUGUUCCACUAAUAAAUAAUGGUCUUUGGUCAUUGAAUUCAGUACGACUUAAAUUUUAUCUUUAUGUAGUAUCUUGUAUUUUCUCUGAAAAAACAAAUCUGUUCAAUAUGCUUAGGCUUUUGUUGCUGUGUUUUUAACACUCUUUGUUGCUAUGGUAUUUCAGUAAAAAAGGCCUUGAUAGAUGGUUCUGAACAUUUUCCAAUAUGCCUUCUGGAAGCUUUCCUAUACUUAAUAAAACUGUUUUUAAAAAAUGAAA